AGAACAGCUCGGGCUGUGUUCCUGCAAGAGCAGAAUAACCACCGCGGCAGACCCGGGCGACGACGGAACAAGCCAAGAUGGAUGAUAAUAUAGAUACAAAACCCAUUCUAGAAGAACUGCUUCUCAAAAGGUCACAGCAAAAGAAGAAAAUGUCACCAAAUAAUUAUAAAGAGCGGCUUUUUGUGUUGACCAAAACAAAUCUUUCCUACUAUGAAUAUGACAAAAUGAAAAGAGGCAGCAGGAAAGGAUCAAUCGAAAUUAAGAAAAUCAGAUGCGUGGAGAAAGUAAAUCUCGAGGAGCAGACACCCGUGGAGAGACAGUAUCCAUUUCAGAUCGUCUAUAAAGAUGGACUUCUCUAUGUGUAUGCAUCAAAUGAAGAGAGUCGGAGUCAGUGGUUGAAAGCAUUACAAAAAGAGAUAAGGGGCAACCCCCACCUGCUGAUCAAGUACCACAGUGGAUUCUUCGUGGAUGGGAAGUUCUUGUGCUGCCAGCAGAGUUGUAAAGCGGCCCCAGGAUGUACCCUCUGGGAAGCAUAUGCUGAUCUGCACACUGCAGUCAAUGAAGAGAAACAUAGACUUCCUAUCUUCCCAGAUAGGGUGCUGAAGAUUCCUCGGGCAGUUCCUGUUCUCAAAAUGGAUGCACCAUCUUCAAGUACCACUCUAGCCCAAUAUGACAGUGACUCAAAGAAGAACUAUGGAUCCCAGCCAAAUGUCAACAUGCAGUAUAUUCCAAGGGAAGACUGCCCUGACUGGUGGCAAGUAAGAAAACUGAAAAGCAGUGAAGAUGUUGCAUGCAGUAACCAAAGGGAAAGAAAUGUUGUAAAUCAUAGCACCUCAAAGAUUUCAUGGGGAUUCCCUGAGUCAAGUUCAGGAUUCCCUGAGUCAAGUUCAUCUGAAGAAGAGGAAAACCUGGAUGAUUAUGACUGGUUUGCAGGUAACAUCUCCAGGUCACAAUCUGAGCAGUUACUGAGACAAAAGGGGAAAGAAGGAGCAUUUAUGGUUAGAAACUCCAGCCAAGUGGGGAUGUACACAGUGUCCUUAUUUAGCAAGGCUGUGAAGCAGCGGCAGAGCAUCCAGAGCAUGAUCACACGGCUCCGCCACCCCGUGUCAACCAAGGCCAACAAGGUCCCCGUCUCUGUGUCCCUGGGAAAUGGAAUCUGGGAACUAAAAAGAGAAGAGAUUACCCUGUUGAAGGAGCUGGGAAGUGGCCAGUUUGGAGUGGUCCAGCUGGGCAAGUGGAAAGGGCAGUACGAUGUUGCCGUUAAGAUGAUCAAGGAGGGCUCCAUGUCAGAAGAUGAAUUCUUUCAGGAGGCCCAGACCAUGAUGAAACUCAGCCAUCCCAAGCUGGUUAAAUUCUAUGGAGUGUGUUCAAAGAAAUACCCCAUAUACAUAGUGACUGAGUAUAUAACCAAUGGCUGCUUGCUGAAUUACCUGAGGAAUCAUGGAAAAGGACUUGAACCUUCCCAGCUCUUAGAAAUGUGCUAUGAUGUCUGUGAAGGUAUGGCCUUCUUGGAGAGCCACCAAUUCAUACACCGGGACUUGGCUGCUCGGAACUGCUUGGUGGAUAGUGACCUCUCUGUGAAAGUAUCUGACUUUGGAAUGACGAGGUAUGUUCUCGAUGACCAGUAUGUCAGUUCAGUAGGAACAAAGUUUCCAGUCAAGUGGUCAGCUCCAGAGGUGUUUCACUACUUCAAAUACAGCAGCAAGUCCGAUGUAUGGGCAUUUGGGAUCCUGAUGUGGGAGGUGUUCAGCCUGGGGAAGCAGCCCUAUGACUUAUAUGACAACUCCCAGGUGGUUGUGAAGGUCUCUCAGGGCCACAGGCUCUACCGGCCUCAACUGGCAUCGGACACCAUCUACCAGAUCAUGUACAGCUGCUGGCACGAGCUUCCAGAAAAACGUCCCACAUUUCAGCAACUCCUAUCUUCCAUUGAACCGCUUCGGGAAAAAGACAAGCCUUGA